CUCAUCCAAUAAAAGUCGUCUACGUGUUACUCUUCAUUAGAAGUUAAAAAUAUGGAUGCCGUCAAAGUAGUACACGUUAUUUGCUCAUUUCUAGCGUUUUUGUGCACUAUUUCGACUGGACUCGGUUUCCAGUAUGACUAUGUCACAUGUGGGUCGUCGCUGAAACUUCUCAACCCUUACCACAAUGUGAGACUUCACUCCCACGAUGUGAAAUACGGAUCAGGCAGCAGUCAACAGUCAGUAACAGCAGUGGAAUCCUCAGAUGACCAUAACAGUUAUUGGCAGGUGAAGGCUAAAACAGGAACACAAUGUAUUAGAGGACAACCAAUCAAAUGUGGCCAGACAAUCCGGUUAUUGCAUCUGCAGACACGUCGGAACUUGCACAGUCAUCAUUUCCAGUCCCCGUUGUCACACAAUCUUGAAGUCAGUGCUUUUGGCGAGGACGGAGAGGGGGAUGAUGGGGAUAACUGGGUGAUUGUUUGCAGUGGUAAACACUGGUCCAGGAAGGACAAAGUGCGGAUCAAGAAUGUUGUCACGGAACACUACCUACACGUGUCAGGUGACACGUUUGGCCGUCCAAUCAGCGGGCAGCGUGAAGUGUCAGCUUACGCAUCACCAAACGAUCUCAACUACUGGCAGGUACAGGAGGGCAUCUUUAUAACCCCAUCGGAAGAUCCAGUCGGAACUUACCGACCAGAUACACCCAACAUGCAUCACCAAGCACACACUGAAUUAUGAUCGUUAUAAAGCAUUAUUAUUUAGACCUACUUUAUAUUGGUUCAGUUGAUUCAUAAGUGAAAGAAUUACUUUAAGUCAAAGAUUUUGCUCAGAAAAGAGGUUUGACUCAGGGCAUUUUCAGCAAAAAUUGGAAGAAACUUAAAUUUUUGGGUAAUAUUAACGACCUGUAGCAAAGGAAUAAACAAUACUGAAAAUGAUCCAAGCAAAACUUUUUAGACUUUGUUGCUUAACAAGUUCUUUUUUUAACAACUUGUUUUCUUAUACAAUCCAAUUUGAUCAUACUUUGAAAAAAAGCUCAAUUUUGAAGCUUAUUGGGAAUUUUUGUCUUUUUGGGCAAUUGCGAAGUAGCCUUAUUUUGGUCCCCUAUUAUAUUAGGUAAUAAGAAAAGCCAUACUGACUUUUGGGGAUACUGCUGGUAUAUUUGUUAUGAGAACGGGAUUUGGGAGGGAGGGGGUGGGGAUUUCAAUGAAUUGAACUGUGAUCAUAGUAUUUUUCAUUAGACUUACUGGUUAUAUUUAUUGAUGUGUUUACAACUACAUGUACAUAACGAGCUCUUGCUCUUUAAGGAGUGUGAAUUAUUUUGGACCAUAGUGAUUUUGAUGUUACUGUCAGAUGCAUAUAUUCUGUUUACACAUUUAGAAUUGUUUCUAAACAGUGGGUUUGAAAUGUUAUAUUGUCUUCUUUGAGAAGACCUGUAACUACAACAGUAGAUGAUGAUGUUUCUGUUUUGAAUGGCUUACUUAAACAGGGGAUGUUAAUGUUUCUGUUUUAUUUAAAGCUACACUUUCUGAGAUUGACCGUUUUGACAACUUUUUAAUUUUUUUAAUUGAGUCAAAUUUUGCGUGAAUGUCUGGAAACCGGUGAUAAAAGGCUGCUAAAAAGAUUAGAUCGCAGUUUUUAAUAUUUACACUAAAAAAAUGAUGUAUUAUGGCUAAAAGCUUUACUAACGCUUCAAGAAAAAAAAAAUCAGCAUUUUUCCAAACAAUUGAUAUCUGUUCUAUUGUGUAUUAUCCUAUGUGACUGAUUUGGAAAAAAAAACUGAUGCCAAAAUCAGAUUCUGAGACAAGAACUGAAUGAGUUGUCAUAUCGGCCAAUCUGUGAGAGUGCAGCUUUAAAGAGCUGCUUUACAUGCUGCAUGUGAAAAUUAGUCCUGUGGAGGAAGUGACAUUUUUUAUAUUUGCCAGAUAACAGGCCACAUAAUCAGGCAAGCAUAACUACAUAUUUCCAAAAAGGUUAUUAAAUUUAAUUGUACAUAUUGUAAGAAAUUUGUUUUGUAAUGCUAUCUCUUGGUUAGAAUGUGUUUUGGUUGUAAAUGCUUAUGCCUAAACAGGACACAUUUUCGCAGAUAAGGUCACAUAUAUGGCUGUAGGCUUGUGGUUAUUACAAGGUUUAAAUGUUUUGAUGUUUCAUUGUCACCAGAUACAACGACAAAAUACAUGCUAAAGAUGUUUGCUUACAUAUAUAUAUACCCAUUUACUGCAUGGAGGUAAAAAAAUAAAAAUCCUAGUAGCCCAUGAAUUCAAAAUAUUCCAGAUCUCUGUUAAUGAAUUUGAUAUUGUAACAAUGGGCUGAUUGGUCAAAACUUUGAGUUUAGCAGACAUCGUUGUUAAAUUUUAAAGGUGAACUAUUCUAUUAUGUGCUCAUUUAUUUAAAGCUGCACUCUCACAGAUUUACCGUUUUUAAUUUUUUGCGUAAAUAUCUGCAAAUCGGUGAUUAAAUCUGCUGACAAAAGAUCAGAUCACAGAUUUUCAUAUUUCCGUUUGAAAAUUAUUGUUUUAAGUGUUACUAACGGUUUAAAAAAAUGCAUAAAACAUCAAUUUUUAAACUCCAAGACAAAAAAAAAGAGUUAUAUAAAUGUUCAAUCUGUGAGAGUGCAGCUUUAAAGAAAACAAGAACAGUUAAAAAAGUUUUCUCAAACAUAGGAAGAAAAUCUGCUGUGCCUAAGUGUAUUCGUGAAACUUCUAAAUUAGUAACAGUUUCAAAGUUAACGACGAUUUUGUUAACAAAGUUGUUAACUUAAACAAAGUUCUGAACAAUCGAUUAAAUGGUAGAUGUUAGGUAUGUUGAAGGAUAUCUAGGCUGAUUAAAUGAUAAGUAUUCUCAAUUUGUAUCAUUUAAGGAUUUUUUCAUAGAAUUCCAUUUUCCCACCACAUCGUAAUAAAAUACAUUUAUAUUACUUAUCAAUCUGUUUGAGUGUAACAUUGUAAUUUGAAAAUGUAUGCUAGAACAAAGUGUAAAUGGUACCUGAUGAUUGUGUAACAUUUUCUAAAGCAUUAAUCAAAUGUGGUAUUACAUUACUGUUAAAAUUUCAUUAAAUUUGUAUUGAAAUCCACAAAUUAAAAUAUUAAGUAUUUUUAAGUACAAGUACAUUUUUACAGUUGCACCUGAGCCUAUUUCAAUAGAGAAGAUUAGUUGAUUUAAAUCUCAAAUUUCAAGAAACGUCACAGGUGGCCAUGCAUAUUUUUUUCCUUUAUUAACUGUGUUUCAACUUAAAUACUGGUUUUAUUUCAGUUUUUCAAAUAAAAAGCAAAAUGAAAAAUAUAUAAGAGUACAAAGAAAAAUAUCCACCAGCAUGGAAACACUAUAAUUAUUUGUUUACUAUUUAACCUGUUAUAUUAAAGCUAUUGUUACAAAGAUGCGUAAAUGAGUCAUACUUUCAUAUAUUUUGAUACAUUAUUUUAAUGAAGCAUCGCCAUCGGCCUUUGUACAUGUUCGGAACAUUUCAAUAUUUUAGGGGAAGAUUUCAUGGUUUUCUUAAAGUAACUUAAGUGAGAUUUUAUAUGAAAGUACGAAUGAGAUUUCACAGCCUGCAUAAUAAGAUUUAUUUUAUACCUGUUUUUUUUCUGUCUUGCAAGAUUUUAACAAUAUUGUAACUUGUAAGAUAGAUGUGGAAACUUGGGAAAAAUAUGUAUUACACACUGUGUUUCCUGAUUCUGUAUCAUACAGUAUCAUAGUAUGCAAAUCUACAUCUGCAAUAUUACAUGAAUGAAAUAGCAUGCUUCUCUUAAAGCUUAAAUGUUUUUGUAAAGAAAACUAUUACUAUAUUAAUUAAAAAAUAAAUAAAAAAUCACUUUAAAGGUAUGAAAUAAAAGAAAUAUUAUAUUAGUGGGUUGAUUUGUGGGACUUAAACACUUCUUGAUGCUUGCGAAAAGAUACAUGUUCGACCUUCAGUCUUGUGCAAUAUGGACUUGAUGCAAGCAACUCCAAGUGAUACGAACACAAACAUCAACCCCCUCAUAUGAUAUUCCCUAUAAUAUUGAUUUUACUAAGUGAAAUGAGGCCUUGGCACAAAACAGAUGUGACUCCAUAUUAAAACAUAAUAACUUAGGUGACUAUAAAAUUAAUUGCUUGAUUUUCAUCCCCACCCGCCCCCUCUUUUUUUCCCCUGACCCUUAAAUUUUAUUGACUCAAAUGAAAAUGUUGAACUAGGUCGUGCAUUUGCAUGACAGUCCAGUACCGUCUUGGAAUGGCAUUUAUUCGUAUACCUGCGGUGUUGUUGUUUUUACAUUCACAUGUAAAAAAGGAUAAUUGCUCCGAUCAUGUUUGUGGUUCGUCUAGAAACUCAUGUAUAGGGUCUCUUAUGCAAUAAGAACAUACACAUUUAUUCAAUGGUAAAUCAGUCAUCUAAGAAGAAUGAAAAAUGAAAUGUCAACAUGACCCUCUUUUUUAGAAAAAAUGGAUGAAAAUCUUGCAAUUUAUUUAUAUUGGCCUUACCUCGGUCUUUCACUGAGCCCUCAAAAUGAGUUUCUUCUGUCGUGAGCAAAGUGUGAAAGUUAGAGAGAUUACUUGGAAAAAGGUCCAUCUAUUUCUCUUUAAUGACUGUAUAACCAUUUUCAUACAUAUUGUCUUACGAAGUUUGUUUAACAAGUUUUAUUGAGUAAAAUGUUGUAAUUUAA